AUGCCAAUCUUUACAAGUAAGAAUGAGUGGCAAGAUGCUGACAUGCUUGUACUGCAUCGUGACAACGGAGACGCUGGAAGCUUCGAAUAA